AUGAGUAUUUGUUUUUCUCUCAAACAUGCACCGGAAUCAGCCCCUUAUGUGGCCCCGAUCCAAACAAUCCAUAUCAUGGCUUCCGUUCCCGUGUCUGAGAUACGCCAAGUUUCCGUCCUCAACCCACGUCCGGAUCCCACAGGCAAGUACACGAUCUAUACCGUACGUGUCCAGAUUCAACCAGUAGCAAUUGAUCAAGACGAGACAAUCACCGAAUUUUUCACCCGAUUUCGUGAGUGCAAGAAAUUGGAGCGUUGUUUGGGUCAGUAUUAUCGGGAUCUCUUCCGCCCGGAACCGUUCCCGACCCUUCCCAUCCCGGAAUAUCGCACACGUUUCGAUGCGUCAGUGAUUGAAGAACGGCGUCAGGCGAUUGAGCGCAUGCUUCAGUUCAUCAACGAUCGACCAUACUUACACACACAUGCUUCCUAUGUGUUCGAAAAACCCAAUUGCUUAGUAACUGGUAAUGUUAGUUGCUAUGCGAUUCAUUUUGUUCUGUUCAACUCGCUUACCAUGGUCUCGUCAUCUUCAUUGAUAGCGUUCUUUUUCUGCUUAUUGCUCGGUUUCCCCCCAUCCGUCCAUGUUUCUCAAUUUCGUUCGGCUUCUAUCCGACAACUCCAUUUGUUUCUGUCCCAACGGGAGUAUCACAGAUCCACCUGGAAAAACAGUUUUACCGUGGACACCGUUCGUGUUCACAUGAAUUGA